AUGUCAUUCACGCUGGGAUUGAUUGUGGGACAGCUCAGCGUGAUUGCAUUGCUGAUGUUGAUAAUAAAGUAUUUCAUAUUCAGCGAUGUGGAUGUGGCGAUAGAGAAGCGUCGUCGGAAGAAGAUGAAAGGGGAAUUGCGCGCGGAAGGUGAGGAAGGUGAGGAGGAUACGAAAGGGAGUACGGAGAAAGAGGAAAGCGUCGAAUGGAUGAAUCUGCUACUAAAAUCGUUGUACGCUGUUUAUCGGCAGCAUUUCAAUAAAGUGGGCAAGGAAAAGAUAGAGGAGAUGCUAAAUAGACGCAGAGGGGGAGUUAUGGACAGAAUCAUCGUCAAUGACGUCGGUAUUGGUGACAAGUAUCCUAAUUUCAGUAAUGCACGCUACACACAAGGAAAAUGCUACUUGGAUUUUGAUUAUAACGACGAAUUGGAGCUGGAUGUCACAACGAAGCUGAUGAUAAACUACCCGAAGCCGAGAUUCGGGAGCAUUCCAGUGGACGUGGUGAUACGGCUGAUAAGGUUUAGUGGGAGUGUAUGGGUGGAGGUGGAUGGAGGGGAAAUGACGGUGGGGCUCUCGAGCAACUACAACCUCAACAUCAAGUGCCAGAGCUACGUCGGCAGCCGCGCAAAGCUGAAGGAUGUGCCCAAGAUCGAGGAAUUGAUAUACAACAAUCUCGACAACAUCCUCACCAACAAGCUAUCCGAGUAUAAAUUCAAGAUCGUCGAUCAUCCGCCAUCACCUGCGAUCACCGAGUGUUUGAUGAGCCAGAGCCAACAGCUGCCGACGCUCGAGCCCAAGGCAUACAGUUCACUAGCGAUAAACCAGAAGAACAUAGUGGAGCUGAGUGGCGACAAGGAUUUGUACCUGUUCAAGCUUGACAACAUAUCCCAUCACCAGCCGAGCGAGCAGACGCAGAAGAAAGAGCCGUCCAAGUCUGAGCUGGUAGCUAGGAGAUAUAUGACAGACUCGACUACGCCGUCUUCGUCGAGGAUGUCGAGUGUGCCGAGCGUGUCGAGCGUGUCCAUGUCGACACUAUCCACGUUAUCAAGGGACAGGGACACCCGCAAUCACGCUCACGCUCACAGCCCGACGAAUCGGCAGCCACUGGCGUGUAUCGGGUGCAGGAAGCAGAAACUAAAGUGUUUGGGUGGCAAGCCAUGUCAGCGCUGUGACAAGAGAGGCAAAGACUGCGUAUACGAUACGCAAGUGCGAAGACGUGGCCCAGACAGAAUAGCAGGCGGAAGGCUCAAGCCGGGGAGCUGA